AUGUCAGCUGUUACAAUUGAACUGGAUAAGAUUUUGUCAGAUGAGAUUGAGAGCAAAAGGGAUUCCAAGCCAGAUUUGAAGCAAGGCAAAUCCAGUCAAUCACGUGUUGAUUAUCAUCAUGGUUUUCAGCUUCACUGCUCGAGUUCUGCACCAGCUGGUAUGAAUACGAGCAAGAGCGAGACAGUGAAGGAGCACCCAUUAAAACCUUCUAGAAGAUCUAUGCCAUGCCUUGCCCAGAGCCAGACGCAUCCUCAGAGCCUGAGCAAGCACUCGUCAUUUCUGCAGCCAAACCGUGUGCAGCCCCAGCCUUUGAGUGCAGGGACGUCGGCAGCUGCAGUGGAUGUAGUGUCAGAACGAGCUAAAGUGAUGGAGACUUUGGAAAGCAACUUGCUUAAGCUGUCUAAUACAGAAUAUGGUGAUCCAUUUUUAGGCGUAGGAAAGGACAAAGAUACGUACACAGAUGAUUCAGAACAUGGGAAUUAUGAUGCUCGUACCGAUCAGUCAUUGCUUAUUCAAAAUAAGCUCACCAGGCAGAGAACAGAACCUCGAACUAAAUCAUCUUUAAAGAGUGACGCCAUGGCAUCAUCAGGACUCUUCUUCAAAGAUGGCAAAAAGCGCAUCGACUACAUCUUGGUCUACAAGAAAUCAAGUCCACAGGUAGAAAAAAGAAGCACGUUUGAGAAGAAUUUGAGAGCAGAAGGGCUGAUGUUAGAGCGGGAGCCAGCUGUUACCAACAGUGAUAUCAUGUUUGUUAAAAUUCACUGUCCGUGGGAGACAUUGUGCAAAUAUGCAGAGAGAAUGAACAUCAGGAUGCCUUUCAGGAAAAAAUGUUAUUACACUGACUGGAGGAGCAAAACCAUGGGCAGUUUGCAGAGGAAUAUCAGAGAGCUGAAAAGCUGGUUGCCAAGAAAUCCCAUGAAGCUGGAUAAGGAGGCCCUGCCUGAUCUGGAGGAAACAGAUUGCUACACAGCCCCCUUCAGCCGCGCUCGCAUCCACCAUUUUACGAUAAACAACAAAGACAGCUUCUUCAGCAAUUCCACAAGAAGUAGAAUUGUGCAUCAUGUGCUACAGAGAACUAAGUAUGAAGAUGGAAAAUCCAAAAUGGGUAUUAAUAGGUUACUAAAUAAUGGAACAUAUGAAGCAGCAUUUCCACCACAUGAGGGAAGCCACAAAAGCAGGCAUCCCAUCAAAACACAUGGAGCACAGAAUCACAGACACCUCUUGUAUGAGCGCUGGGCACGAUGGGGAAUGUGGUACAAAUACCAACCUCUUGAUUUAAUCAGGCGAUACUUUGGUGAAAAGAUUGGACUGUAUUUUGCCUGGCUGGGAUGGUAUACUGGAAUGCUUAUUCCUGCUGCCCUGGUUGGGCUCUUUGUUUUCCUCUAUGGAUUAUUUACAAUGGAUUCCAGCCAAGUAAGCAAAGAGAUCUGUGAGGCAAAUGAAACCAUUAUGUGCCCUAUGUGUGAACGCAAUUGCACACUACAAAAACUCAAUGAAAGCUGCAUAUAUGCCAAGGUUACACAUUUGUUUGAUAACGGGGGGACUGUCUUCUUUGCAAUUUUCAUGGCAGUUUGGGCAACAGUUUUUCUAGAGUUUUGGAAAAGACGGAGAGCUGUAUUGACUUAUGAUUGGGACCUCAUAGACUGGGAAGAUGAAGAGGAAGAGCUGCGUCCCCAGUUUGAAGCUAAAUAUUCCCAAGUGGAAAGAGUAAAUCCCAUCACAGGAAAACCGGAACCUUUUCAGCCUUUCCCUGAUAAGCUCAGUCGACUGAUGGUGUCUGUCUCAGGAAUAUUCUUCAUGAUUUCACUGGUCCUUACUGCAGUGUUUGCAGUUGUGGUGUAUCGACUGGUAGCCAUGGAGCAGUUUGCUUCUUUCAAGUGGUAUUUCAUCAAGAAGUAUUGGCAGUUUGCAACAUCUGGCACUGGAGUCUGUAUCAAUUUUAUGAUCAUCAUGUCGCUCAAUGUCGUGUAUGAAAAGGUUGCCUAUCUCCUGACAGACUUAGAGCACCCUAGAACAGAAUCUGAGUGGGAAAACAGCUUUGCCUUGAAAAUGUUCCUCUUCCAGUUUGUCAACUUGAACAGCUCCAUCUUUUACAUCGCCUUUUUUCUUGGCAGAUUUGCAGGCCGCCCAGGAAAGUACAACAAGCUUUUUAACAGAUGGAGGCUGGAAGAGUGUCAUCCUAGUGGCUGCUUGAUAGAUCUGUGCUUACAAAUGGGAGUUAUUAUGGUUUUAAAACAAAUGUGGAACAACUUCAUGGAACUAGGCUAUCCUUUGUUACAGAAUUGGUGGUCACGACGCAAAAUGAAGAGAAGAGGGCAAUCAAUGGAGAAUAAGAUUUCUCUACCUCAGUGGGAAAAAGAUUGGAAUCUGCAGCCUAUGAAUCUCCAUGGUUUAAUGGACGAAUAUUUAGAGAUGGUUUUGCAGUUUGGCUUUACCACCAUCUUUGUUGCUGCCUUCCCCCUGGCACCUCUCCUGGCAUUGCUCAACAACAUCAUAGAAAUCAGGUUGGAUGCAUACAAGUUUGUCACUCAGUGGCGAAGACCCAUGCCUGCAAGAGCAACAGAUAUAGGUAUUUGGUAUGGAAUUCUGGAAGGAAUUGGAGUUCUGGCUGUCAUCACGAAUGCCUUUGUUAUUGCCAUUACUUCUGAUUACAUUCCACGUUUUGUCUAUGCUUACAAAUACGGUCCCUGUACAGAUCAAGGGUACAGACAAGAAAAAUGCUUAAAAGGAUAUGUCAACAGCAGUUUGUCAGUAUUUGAUUUGAGUGAACUCGGGAUGGGAUACUCAGGAUACUGUCGGUACAGAGACUACAGAGCCCCACCAUGGAGUUCAACUCCAUAUGAAUUCACUUUGCAGUUUUGGCAUGUCCUGGCAGCACGGCUGGCCUUCAUCAUAGUGUUUGAGCACCUUGUUUUUGGAAUAAAGUCUUUCAUUGCCUACCUAAUUCCAGACAUACCCAAAGACUUGUGUGACAGAAUGAGAAGAGAGAAAUACUUAGUCCAGGAAAUGAUGUAUGAGGCUGAACUGGAACAUUUGCAAAGAGAAAGGAAAAAGAAUGGGAAACAGUAUCACCAUGAAUGGCCUUAG